AUGUGUUUUUUACGUAUAACAUCACUCUGAAGGUGCGAUAUUCAACACUAAACACCAAUGCAAUAUUUUUCUUCCCUCUGUUGUGCCAAGAAAGAUGGACGGCGGCAAGUUUACGUAUAUGAAACAAAACCAUGUGACCGAAAAUGCUACAAACCCCCACCACUACUGCAGGGCGUGGGUGCUGGCAUGUGUCGUGCUGUGCGUGUGUGUGGUGGGGGCGUGGGCUGGUGGUGGUGAUGGAGGGGGCGGAGGAGGAGCAGGGGGGGCGGCGUGCACUCCCUGUAACAGCACGGUGGAAGUGGACAACCUCACGCUGCCCUACGUGGGGUUCGUCUGCUUGAAGGGCGAGGCUUUGCACCACGCCCCCUUCACCUGCCUAGUCUCCUUCCGCGGCGCCUUCAACGUCACCUUCUACUUCCAUCACAUCCCGUCCUCCCUGGUGGCGGUGGAGUUGAGGAGCACCUACCUGGACUACGAUCUCGAGUACGGGGAGAGGGAAGUGUCCAUCGCCGUCCAGGAAUACAGAAACUUCUACGAGGAGGUGUACCACUUUCUCGACCUCAAAAUGACCACGCUCCCGGCCCACCCCCACCGCCCGCCCCGCCCCCAUGCCCUCAGCGCCCUGUACCCUGCCACGGACGGGGUUUUCCGCGGCAGCAUCAACUUGACGUACGUGUUGCAGCAUCUCUGGGCGCAGGAGGAGGUGGUGGGGGGCCUCGAGUACUCCCACCCCGAGGACUGCAACUACAAUGGCGUCCCGGUGCUGCAGAGGCGAGGACCGAGGAGGUACGAAUUUGAGUGUCGCUGCGGCCUCAACGCCUCGGGGGAACACUGCCACCUGGGCGGACCGUGUGUCGGCCGCGCGCCCUGCAACCGACGGGGCUUCUGCAGGUACCUCGCCGGGGAGAGCAUUUGUGCCUGCGACGAAGGUUACCGCGGGGUGAACUGUCGCCAGCACUACACGUCUAUCCCCUCCCAGGACGCAACGUGUGAAGGUCUGCUGGAGUGCCACCACCAGUGCCACCUUCAGGUCUUCGCCCACGAGAACGUGACAAUGUGCUCGUGUCGCGCUGGGUACCGCCUCCUCAACAAGACCCACUGCGUGCCCCUGGAUGAGUGGGACGUGGCGCUGGUGCUGGAGAUGGCGGAGAGCGGUGAUGAUGACGGCGAUGUGGAGAAAGGGCGUGCGGUGGGCGGCGAGGCGGCAGAGAAGGGUUACAAAGAGGACGCUAAAGUGAAGGCUCUGAAGGUGCUGGACGCUAACGGAGCCUCGGCCUUCGCCAGGAAGCUUAUUGUUACUGCCAGCUCCCGGCGAGUGGAUGUCUUGGUGAAGGUGAGCGGGGCGGCCCUGGCUCGGCAGCUCGCGAACACAACCACCUGGCGGCGCUUCUUCCAGGCCGCCGUUAGCUCAGUCUCCACCGUGGCGCCCCAGCUCUCCGUGGAGCCAGUGGGCGCGCAGUGGGUGGACGCCGGCGACUUUCUAGUGCUGAGGUGUUCUGUUUACGGCGGGUCACACCUCCGUUUCACCUGGUACAAGAACGGGGACCAGGUGUUCGACCAUAACGUGACCAACUGCUCCUACAAGUUCCGCUCCCGGCAAGUUCACGUCAUCACCCACCGCGGCGCCAUGGACUACUCCUGCGUGGACGAGCUGUGGCUGGCGGGGGCACGGCAGGAGGAGGACGGCGGCACCUACCUUUGCAGAGUGGAGGACAGGGGCUACCGGACGACGAGGGAGGUGGCGGUGGGGUACGGUGACGCCCUGGCCCUCCUGCUGAAGCCCCGCGUCACCACCGUGCAUUGGGGCGAGAACGUGACGCUGAACUGCCUGACGAAGAACCGGGAGUGGAUGCAGCCCGAACAUUACCUCGUGGAGUUGAGCGCCGAGCCCCCCGACGCCUUCACCUUCACCAGCCACGCCGCGCUCCCCCGCACAGGAGGCUCCAUCACCCUCUACGGCGUCACGGAGCCCGUGCAUGUGCGGUGCGUGAUACGGGAGAGCGAGGGCAUGGUGUGGGACGCAGGGCGGGGCACGCGGGACUUGGAGGAGGCCAGCUUAGAGGGGUGGGUGUACGUGGUCACCCCCGCUACGCCCACCUGUUCCCCGGAGCAGACCCACGGCGUCACCUGGCCACGCACGCUGUUGGGGGUGGUGGCCCAGGAGCAGUGCCCUGAGGGGUUCGAGGGGGAAGGGGCCACACGCGCCUGCUCCCCCGCCACACACCCGUCCCCUGUCACCUCCCCCGUCCCCUCGCCCAUCCCCUCCCGCUUCCCCUCCCUCUCCCCCCUCCCCUCCCGCUUCCCCUCCCUCUCUCCCUUCCCCUCCCCCUCCCCCUCCCCCAGCCACGCCAUCUGGUUCACCCCGGACUUCUCGGCUUGUGUGCGCCCUCAGCUGUCACGCCUCAUGACGCAACUAUCCCUGUACAAGCGGGGCUACAACGCACCGCCUGAGGGCCUCCGAGGGGUGGCCAAGAACCUGCUGGGGCUGCUGCAGGAGGGGGUGCUGCGUCCCCCACUGCUGCCGGGAGAGGGGGCGUCCUUACUGAGGCUCCUGGACCUGCUGGAAGAAGGAACGAGGAGGCAGCAGGAGGAGCAGGAGCAGGAGGAAAAAUACAAGGAGGGACUAUUGGAGAAGGAGCAGAAGCAGGCGAAACUGGAGAGACAGAAGCAGAGGCAGAAGAAUCGCGUCCCCUUCGGCGCCUUCCUCAGAGUCCUGCAGGUGUUGGUGGGCGGCCGGGAUGUGCUCAGGAGGCAGGACGUGGGCGAGCUGCUGCUGCUGGCGCGGCGGAGCAUAAGGGCUGCCGCGGAGGCCCGAGAGGACAGGGAGGUGCGGAUGGCGGACCUGGUAGGGAGAGUGGCCCCAGUUUCGCGCCGUUCAGCCUCAGGGGGCAAAGACACGGCCUUCCUGACGAUGGAGGACAGGGAGCAUGCAUCAGCGGUCGAGAAUAGGUCAGUGUUGGUCAGUGUGUCUGUGAGCGUAGAGACCAGAAGAUACGCCUUAACAGAAGACGAAGAGGAGAGAAAACGGGAGGAUGGGGAGAAGGACGAGGAGGAGGAGGCGGCGAGGAAGAGGGAGGCGGUGAAGAAGGAGGAAGAAGAGGGGGAGGUGGUGGGCGUGAGUGUGGGCGUGUUGGUGUACCCUCACGUGAACAAACUCUUCCCGCAGCCACCAGAGAGAGCCAUCAUUAGGACGCAUUACCAGGUGGAGUGGGCAGUGGCGUCCCCAUGGGUGGAGGUCGUGGCGGUGGGAGAACCUGUGGGCGGCGCUGCGUCCACCCACACACCCACAAACACGACCCCGUCCCCCGGCAACACAGAACCCGACUUUACUGUUCUCUCACAACUCAGGUUUUCCUCCUCCUCAUCCCUUUCCUCCUCAUCGUCCUCUUCCUCAUUGCCUCUCUCUUCCUUUCCCCCGUUAUCAGUCUCGGCCUCGUCCUCUCCCUCCUUCGCGUCCGCCCCUCCUGAUCCAAGCUGCGACGUAAGACCUACUGGCGAAGAAGAGGAAGAAGAGGAGAAGGAGGAGGAGGAGGAGGAGGAUAGCGAGAUGCGGCUUACCUGCGCACGGCUACGGUUCAACGCCACAGGUAUGGUCGAAUUGUACCCCGAGAUGUGCUGUCCAGUGAUGAAGGGCGCGUCGGGGGAGCGUGUGUGUAUCUGCCGAGGCGAGGGUCUGUUCGGGCUGCUCUUCGUGUCCACCAAACCCACCAGGAUCCGUCAGAGACAGGAAGGGAGUGAGGACAAGAACACAACACAAAGAGAAAACAAAGAUAACGAGAAGUAUGGUGGAGUUACGGAGGAAGAAGAAGGGAAGGACACGGACACCUCAACGAAAAAGAAGGAUAAAGAUGGCGAAGAGGAACAGUACGAGGAGGAGAUGGCCGAGUCGAGGCGCAGCUUGAUGGCGGUGUUUGCGGUGUGUGUUGUGGCGGCGGUGGUAUCCGGGAUGUGCGUCGUGGUGCUGGUCCCCGAUGCCUAUCUCUCCCUCGUGCAGCUCCGUCUCCUGAAGUGCGUGGCCGUCACCGCUCUCAACCUGUCCCUCGCCGCCUUCACUCUCUCCCCGCACCUGCAGUUCGUGAGAGAUGGCGCAGUGGUGGUAGGCGGCUUCAGUCUGGUGCUGUGCAUGGGCGUGGGCGUGAGUCAGCAGCUGGCCCUUCACCAACACCUCGCCGUCACCACGCAGGCCACGCCCAUCGCCGCCCUCACCGCCCACACUGUCACCCUCAUCCUGGCCGGAUUCUCAGCCAUGGUGGGGUUGUCGGCGUGGGCAGUGCAGCCUCGCCUCCCCGCCGCUCUACGCCCCACCAGCGCCCCCUCGUGGCUGGUGGUGGGCGGGGAGUGGGUGUCGGCGGUGGUGGUGGGCGGCGGCGCGGGCGUGGUCACGUGGGUGUGGGUGUUGCUUGCUGCUCACAACCUGCGGAAGCUGUCGCUGAUACGGGAAGCGACGCCUCAGCACCGGAGCGUCGCCAUGGUGGGCGGGCGGGUGGCUCAGCUGACGGGGAUGUUGACGCUGGAGUGGAUCGUCUUCGCCAGCAGCCUCAGCCUCCACCACACCCUCGGCCGGGCCCUCUUUUGCACCGCCACCCUCACCCAGAGCUUGGCCAGCGUGGUGCUAUACUGGGGCAGUGGCGGCGGCGGCGACGACGGCGUGUGCUUGUGCCUGCGCCGCCCCCCAACCGCCUCAAACCCUCGCCCCGACGUGCCCCUGAACGACGGCGGCGGCGGCGGCGAGAGCCAGGGCUGCAUGGGCGGCCUGAUGGCGUGCAGCCUGCCUCAAUCCAAAACCUACAUUGCAAGGGACGACAACUCCCGGAAAGACUACGCUUUCGAGUUCCGUGGGCGUGGCGGGUCGCUGUGGUCCCAGACUACAAGCACGGUGGUGGGAGUGGAGCCCUCAGACCUGCUGCCCUCUCCCACACACUCUGCGCUCCAGGGCCGCCGCGAGCUGCCGUUGUAUGCCCGAGGCGCCGGCUCGGUGCCUUCUGGUGCUCGGAGGCCAAGGAACCUUUUCCUAAGAGGCACUAAUUUCUUGUGCGGGGAGGACGUGACAAGCCCAGUUGACCCCAGCCUCUCGGAGCUAUCCCUCGACAUGGACGUGCGGGGGGCGGGGCGGCGUCAGGGACUGUGCUUCAGCUUCCACCAGCCCGUCAUCCACGAGGUGGCGCCCCGCCCCAGGCCCUCCGAUGACAAAUACUUGGACAUGUCUAUCCGCGAGUAUAUGAACGUGCUACCUGUGUCGUCCGAAACCCGAGGUCGCAUUACACUGAGCAACGCCAAGCCCUUGGAAGACAAGGAGGCAAGGAGCAGCAGCAGCAGCAGCAGCUAUCUGCCCAUGGCAGGUGUGAAGAAAGGACCGGGCAAAGCAGACGCAACAAUCAUAUGUGUGAGUGUCGAGGGGUCAGAGGUCAAGGCUGCGGGUCCAGUGAAUGAUGAUGCAAGAGCCUUCAUUUUGCCUUCAGGGAUCGGCCAGCACCUCCAUAUUGCCCCAGAUGACGGGCACCCCGCGCCCUGCUCCAGCACUGUCUCGGAGGACUCUAAAAAUGACGUCGUCAAAGACACUAUCGAGGAUGGCGCAUCGGCCACCAAGUUAGAAGACGAUGAAGGCAUAAAGACGGGGUGUGAAGAGAACGACGAGGCGGGAAGGACGUCGACACGAUGUUCCGACGCGCGGCCACGAGGAGACGACGGGUCGUCCGCGCGCCCUGAGUGACUCAUGACAUUGUGCUCUUCCCUACCACCCGUGACCAAUGAUUCCCUCCUCCUCCCUUGUGUCGCAUGGUUUUUCUCCUCUCCCCUGUGUCCCGUGGCUUCCUAUGUCCCUCCAGUGCUUCAUGGCUCCCCCAUUUUUGUUUCUCUUCUCCCGUGGUUUCAUUGGUGUGCCUCCUUACCAGUACCUCAUGUGUUCAAUAGUUCCCUUGACCCCAUGGUACAGUAUUAUAGUUCCCGUUUCUGUCCUUCCUCCCUGACCUCCUCCUCCAGGGGCCAGCAUGGGUAAGGGCAAGUCACGGCACAGGGGUGUUUAUCCGUGCAGGUUCGCAGCACCCCAGUUGUUGCUCAAUAUUCCUUCUGCUGACAUCAGCGCAGUUAUAUUCGCUUGCCUCAGCUCGUAUGGCAGAAGACUCCCCUCCUACUCUCUUUUUUUUCCUCUCAUUUCUGCGUGUGAGCGAAACAGGGAGUUCAUUCCUCAUUCAGUCGGUGAAUGUUUUUCCUGAUGUGUUGUGGCCGCCCCUCACUCCCCUCACAAACCUGACCCCACCCGUGCCACCUGUUGGAAAUGUUCUUUCCUCCACCUGUCUGGGAGCUGCACCGGAAAGUGGGUAUGUGACUUGUGUAUGCGUGGGCGUGGACAUGAAGACAUUCUAAACUGCCUGCUGGGGACCGCCAGCCUGUCUUCGCGCAUCCUCGUAUUUCAUGUAUCAGAUGUCAAGGAAACGUGGAAUGGUGGUAAGGAAUAACUUUGAAUAAAAAUCCUUCUGAUUUCUUACGAGAUGAACCGAUACCAAGCACAACAGGAUCGCACAAUAGAUAUUUUCCUGCACUUCCUGACUUUCUAUCUGCUCGGUGGCUCUGUAAGUGAUGGAUCUGUAUCCACCCGCAUGGCACGACGAUAGUUUUCGAAACGCUUUCAGCAGAUGGCGGUGAUGACGCAUCUGUGGGAGGGCUCCGAGAGGUUAAUGACGCGAAGCAGAGUGUUGAUUAUGAUUAGAUCAAUCUGUUGAACAUUACUGACGAUGCGUUGCUCCUGAUAACCUUGAGCACGUUUUCCAGCAAGAACUUUGCAAUGUAUAAAGUGAAACCCCAUAAGAAAGUAAAGGUAGCCAAACAUUCUAUUCAGAUUAUUUAUUUUACUUUAGAUACAUCAGUAACUUAGGUGUUAUGUUUAUGACUGAUUAUAUAAAAGUUCUGGUGUAACGCAAAAAGGAUCAGGUUGGGACUGAGGAUAAUGUGUCGAUGUAAUGCUGUACGUCGUAAUGAAUGGUGUAAGGUAUGUUCAUUGUGCGAUACAAAGUGUUCAUCGGGAUGUUUUAAAACAAAAAAGUAGCUGCUAGUGUGGAUCAUGGUUGUGUUGGUUGAAUAAAUACUGUUAAUGUUCAA